UAAUAGAUGUAUACAAACAAAAGUAAAUCAAUAAUCAAUUUUUAGAUAUUGAAUAAUUUAUUAUUAUUCUAACCUUAAUUUUCAAAUGAAAUAAAAUACUAUUUUUUAUAUACGAAAACUUGCAAAAAAACUCUUGAAUUUGUUCAUUUAUUGAAAUAAUUUAAUAAAAAUUAUUUAAAUUGAAGAAGAAAAAAAAAUGUGAAUUGUGGUUUAUUAAAAUGUGAUAUUUGCAUUAAUAUAAAGUCACAAGGAUUGUUAUGGUGAACCUUUGAUGAAACGUCACAGUGACAGCUGCACGUGUAAAAGCAUAUAACCUUAUUUGAAAAAAUAAUUUACAAAGCAGUCGCGAAUCUCUAUAGAAAUCAAUAUAAUUUAUUUAAUAUUUUUGAAAAUUAGGUCAUGAUUUCUGAUUUACUUCCAUUUUGGUCAAAAUAUUGGUUUUAUAUAUUAAUAUCACUUUUUACUUAUUCAUAUAUUUUAUGGAUGAUACCGCGUGUAAAAUCUAAAUUAGAAAAUGAAAAACGUAAGAAAAUAUGCGAAACAGAAACUACAGAUAAUGAAGAAGAAAAAAGUUACCUAAAUGAAGAAGAUGACGAACCGGCAUUAAAUCCAAAUUUAAAACACAUUCCCUAUAAUUAUCAACGACUAAGUGAAACACAAAUGCGAAAGAAAGCUCAACAAUUUUUUGAAAUUACUAAUUCUCGAAGAACAUUAAGAUUUUUCAGUUCUGAUCCAAUUCCAAAGGAUGUUAUUCAUAAUAUUAUAAGAGCAGCUGGUACCGCUCCAAGUGGAGCACACACUGAACCUUGGACAUUUGUCGUGAUUACUGAUUUCAAUAUCAAAGCAAAAAUACGCGAUAUUGUGGAAAGGGAGGAAGAAAUAAAUUAUAAAAAAAGAAUGGGUGAAAAAUGGGUAACUGAUCUUAAAUUUUUAAAAACAAAUUGGACAAAAGAAUAUCUUACAACUGCCCCGUGUUUGAUUCUUGUAUUUAAACAAAUUUAUGGUAUUUUGCCAAAUAAUGCUAAAAGAGUUCAUUAUUAUAAUGAAUUAAGUGUUGCGAUAGCUUGUGGAAUUUUGAUCACAGCUAUUCAGUAUGCUGGAUUAGUAACGCUUACUUCAACUCCAUUAAAUUGUGGUUCUGCACUUCGUUUUCUUCUAAAUCGUCCUACUAAUGAGAAGCUUACCUUGCUUCUUCCCGUAGGAUAUCCAGCCGAUGAUGCUACAAUUCCUCUGUUACAUAGAAAACCUCUCUCCGAUAUUCUCGUUGAAAUGGAUUAAGUACUUACAAUUCCACCUAUAAUUUUAUUUCAUAAAAUUAAAAUCAAGCUUUAAUUUUGAUACACAUCCCUUUUUUUUUAAAUAAAAUUAAUAUUUUGAAAAUAAUAAAAUUUCCUUCUUUUUAUAAUAUAAAUAAAAAAUAAAUCACAAUACUUUGAUUUAAAUAUUUCCUUUACGAUUCGUAUGAAAAUUAUGUGAACACCUCCAAAUAUUGUCUUUUCAAGUUGUUUAAAAAUCUGCAAAAAAACAAACAAAUCAGCAUUAUAAUUUGUAUAAACUAAUAUUUAUUUUAAUGUUGCAUACAAUGUGUUAAAAAUAAGCAGUAUAAAAAUUAUGUUCGAAGAAGACAUUAUUAAAAAUCGAUUCAAACUCAAAAAUUCAUUUGAAAUUCGCAGUAAACAUUAUGCAAUUCCACACGAUUAUUUUAUUACAAAUCUAUUUCGUAUUGUAUAAAUUCAAACAAAAAAUAAAAAAAAAAAAUAAAAUAAAUUUAAAGUAAAGAAAAAAAAAACACGGGUUUUACAAUCAGUGAGUAGAAAAUAUAUCACCACUGUAGUAGUUUAAAUUAAGUACAUCUGAUAUAUAUAUAUAUAAAAUACAAAAAUACUGAUCUAAACAACCAAGGGCAUUAUGUUAUUAAAAAACAUAAUAAUUGGCAAUAUCGAAUUAGUUUGUUAUAUCUAUACUGCUACCAUGAGCUAUGUCGUUAAAUGUAAAAGCUUGAGUAUCAUGGUACAUUCAGAUAAACAAAGAAGUUCUAUUAUGAUUUUACGAGACACUUAAAGAUUAAUAUUAUCUCAUCCUAGAAUAUCCAAUGUUAUUUUUUUUUUCAUCUUUUCGUAGGACUCUUUUUUAGAGUUUUUUUUUUCAAUCUUAGUUAGUGAAGAUCUUAAGAAUAGUUGUCGAAAUGUAAAAUAUCCAAUUUGUUAACCGUAUUGAAGCAUUUUUUUUUUGUAAAAUUGUAAAAUGGACCAAAAAAAUCCAACUUUCUUAUCUGACAAAUAGAUUAAUUAAACGAGAACUAGGAGAGUAUUGUAUUUUAAGAAAAAAAAAAAAAAAAUUGUAAAACUAUUUUUCAGUCAUUUCGAUGUCUUACGAUAGCAUCACUCUUAAACUUUAUAUGAUUAAUAUAAUUAAAAUUAAGUCAUCAAUAUUAAUCAAUGUGUGAAUAUCGUUAUUUAAAAAUGUAAAAAAAUUACUUCCAAAUGAUCUACGUAUUUGUACAAUUCGCUGCAAUUAAUCAAAAAAGUAUCGUCAUAUUUUUUUUUUAUUUUUUUUUUUUCUUAUAUAAAAGUGAGACGAAACUUUUGUUUGUAAAUUGUAAAUAUAAAUACAUAUUUAAUCACUUGAGAUCAUAAAUGCCUGAGAUAUCUAAUGCACCAUAUUGAAAGUUCAAAAAAAAAAAAAAAAGAAUGUAUUGUUCAAUUAUCGUUGAUCAACAAAAUGUUUUUGCAUAUUGUCUAUUAAAUACAGAAUAAAACUUAAAAAUUGAGUAUUUCUUAAAUGGCAGAGAACAUCUGAACUCUUUCAAGGGCAUUAGUCAAUUAGAAUUAUCAGAUUCAUUUUCACCAGAGUCUUCAAGUAUGAUAAUAUUACUCAAGUGUCAAAAUAUCAAAAUCACUUUUCAUUUAAAAAAAAAGAUCUCUAUAUAAAAUAAAUUUUCCUUUUCUUUUUUAAUUACUUAUAAAAACAAGAAUUAUAAAUCUUCAUUUUUAAAAAAAAUUUCAAUAACUAAAAAUUAAAAUAAAAUUUAAUUACAAAUGAAAAGAAAAUUUAAAAUAAAAAUUAAAAAAUAUAACUUCUUUUGUAAUAUUCUAUCAUAUUCUCGGUAAUAUUAUCUCUAAUUGUAAAACUAUCAAACUCUAGUUUAUUUAGCUGCUUUCAAACACAACUGGGUUUUAAAAUAGCACGAGAUGCCGGAAAAGCGUAAGUUCAAAAUACUCUCCUAAUUCAAAAGCGUCUGAUUAUUUCACAGCGAUGGGUGGAUCGUUGAACUUUUUUUUUUUUUUUUUUUUUUUU